UCAAGAUAAACUUAUUUCCCCCAUCCCCAUACCGUACCGGUACCAAGAGAAGUUCGCAUCCAAUGAGAGGUGCGCUUCCAGAAAGAAACGGUGAAACGGUGAAACGGUGCGUUGUCAUUAUUUUUUCAGCAUCUUCCUGAUACCGGUACCAUCUACUGAUCCUACAUCCUACAUCCAACAAGCUUGCAACCAACAUGUCUACCGCUGUCCGACAACGCAAUGUGAAGCAUGUUGGCAAUGGAACAGCUGGCUCAUCUCAUUUGGAUGUUUCCAUGGGAAAUGCGACCACGAAGAAGUCCGAUGCUAGUUCCCACAAACAACAACUGCUCUUGGCCAGUUUGAUAUCGCGCAAGAAUGCCGUCUACUACAUUCCUCUGCUGGUCUUUUGCUACAUUUUUGGCCCCACGGCCAUGCAUGCCCCCAAGGCGAUCUAUGUGUGGGCAUCUCAUGGAUUUGUGACCGAGUUCUUGUUGGGUGCCGGGAUUAGAGAUAUGGUCGGCAGCUUGGUGGUAGAUCCGAAUCAACUCAUGGUGGGAGAUGUGAAUCCUCCAACGCCCUUGGCCGCUUACAAGGAUAUUGUGCUGGAGGAAUAUGAGCAAUAUCGCAAAUCUCAUGACAUUCCCAUCAUUGCCAACCUCGACCCAGACGAACAGGGACCACUCGACACAAAGGGGGUGUGGAAGACUCUCUUCCUCAAGACCAUGGGACGCUAUACCUGUGCAGCAUCUCACUUCCCCAAGACCCUGGAAGCAGUCCGCAAUUCUGGCUUUACUGCCUAUUCCAUCAUGUUUUCUAGGUUGGCCCCAGGACAAAAGAUUGAACCACACACGGGCUUUUCCAAAAUUAUUCAAAUUUAUCAUCUGGCCCUCAAGGUCCCAAAAGCGGAAACACCCGACAAACGACCCUAUAUUACCGUCAAGGGAUGUGACGAUAUUGAAGAAACCAUCAAUUGCAGAAGCGAAACGUACCACUGGACUGAAGGAAAAGAAUUCAUCUUUGACGAUUCUUUUACUCAUUAUGCGGAAAAUCCUACCAAUGAGGAACGACUGGUGCUCUUCUUGCACAUUAAGCGAAUUGACUUCAAGGGAUGGAGAGAAGAAUUCGUUGCUUCCGUGUUUUGUUACAUUUUUAGUUGGGUGCCGUUUGAUGGAGUGCUCCGACUGGUUCGUGGAACCGAAGCGACCUGUGCCGCUACGGCUGCACACUAAUCAUGUGUAUGUGGAGCAAGCGCAAACUUUUGCAAACUAGAACAUGUUGCAUGGAUCGAUAGGGAACAUUAUUGACUCUUUG